CUCUAUAUAAAGGGAGGUGACUUGUAGUAAGUACAACAGAACUCAGCACAUAAGUUGACUUCUUACUGCCCAUCAUCAUCAUCAUCAUCAUCAUCGUUCACUGUCAGCAGACAUUCAUGGCGUUCCCUCGGCUGUCUGCCUCCAUGCUGUUGGUUUCACUGAUCCUUCUUCUCUACUGGACAACAUCCUCAGCUCGGUUACAUGACCCCCCAUCCCCCGUCAUCUCACCACUCUACAGGGUGAAAAGAGACCUGUAUUCGAAGAGGGGGAUGGUUUCCGGCACCAGAGAGAAAGUGGAAAAGUAUUUGGCCAUGGGAAAAAGCGUCCUGACUGUCGUCAAAGAAGUGAUUGGAAAGAUUGAUACCAGUAAGUCGUCAGCUGUGAUUAAAAGUCUUGCAGACGUCGCCAGCUUGGCGCCCGGCAUCGGAGGUCUGGUUGCGUCUUUUGUCAACAUGGUCUUGAUCUUCAUCCCUCAGAAUGACCCAGUGCUGAACGAGGUGCAGAAAGGGUUUGCUGAAGUGAACAGGAAGUUAGACUCUAUCUCCAUCCAGAUCUCCAACCUGGCAACAGAUGUAGAAUGGUUUAACUACGCCAGCGUCUACUCUCAAGAUGAGCUCCGCAUCCUCAACUCCUGGAAGAAGUUCAAUGAGCUUCUUCAGGACAGUCAGUUGGAAACAAAUAAAGAGCACAAACUCCGACUGGCAGAGAUAUUCGUCAACUACUAUGAGAACACAGGAACUGAAGCCAGUAUAGCCAACCUCUACCAUUACCUGACGGUCAAAGACACGUCUCUCAGUGGAAACCUCAACGAACUGCUGAGGAAGAAGUUUAAAUGUGACGUUCAAGAGAUCGGCAAAUAUAACGUCUAUUUCAGUCGUUUGAUGUGGCAGGGGAUGGUGCUGAACCAGUUCUACUGGAAACUGAUCGGUUUGGAUUCAUCAGGUAUAGAAGCCAAACACACCAAGAUGUUCAAGAACGUCUCCAGAGAUCAGAUAUCAGCUCUGGACUACUGCCUGACCAACCACAUGGAGUAUGUGAAGGAAGAUGUGAAGGAGAUCAGGAAAGGACUCAGUGCUGACAACAAACAAGCCAUCGCUGAUAAGGUGAAAGAGUUUCUAGAUAACAAGUACAACUGGUAUAACUGGGUGGUGCUGGUGUACAACACAGAUCAGGCUGAUUAUUACAUACUAUAUGAUCUGACUAAGAUUAUAGAGGACACGAUCACCGUUGCUGUGGGAUACACUCUGAAAUCAGAAGAAAUAGAUGAAAAUAAAGUUAGAAAAGUAGCCAAUGAAUGCUUUAAAGACAAAUCAUGUAAAAUUAAGGACAAAGUACGUUACUGUGGGGAAAGGUAUCUUAUUAAGGGUAGACAGUUUAGAAGUGUUAUGCCCUUCUCUUACUAUGCUAAAGCGACUCAUGCUGUCUAUGGGGAAGAGUUUGCUGUGGCUCCAGCACCCGUACUCCAACAUGACUGUGAGGGGAGUUACCCGUUGAUGACCUAUACAGGAAAGAUUUCCAUCUAUAACUCCUGGAGGUUGCCUGUCUGCCAAAGUGGAACAUGUAGCUACAGAGGAACGUGCAAGCGGCUGCUGGACUCCAAUGAAUGGAUGUGUGAGUGUCAAGAUGGUUACUAUGGUGAGAAAUGUGAAAAGAGAACCCCCAUUGGCAACGCUACAGUGGUCGAUAUACCAGUUGUUCCUGAUGUCAGCACCAUUGACACCAAAAUGAAAAUGAUGGAGGUCCAACUCAAGGAGAUUCUCAACAUCCUCAACAACAAAUGUCGUGGCUAGUAGGAGAUAUCUGCAGACUGCUGACAGACGACAGGAACGAUGACUUACUGCCAACGGACAAACUGAACACACAUCAACUGACUGAGCAUCUGAGAACGGCACCGUGAAGGAAGAACAAGUAAACAAUGCUCAUUAAAGACUAAAUUAUGUUUAGGCAACAACUCUAGUCUGUAAACCUUCAUCCCAACGGUGAAGCAUGUCGGUGUCAGAGAUGAGUAGUUUCUUUAGAAAGCUGGAGGAUGAUGUGUUGAUCUGUUGUUCUGUCCUCAUUUCCCUGAAUGUCUCCAGCUGAUGUCAGCACAACCCAAACAGUCACUAUACUAUACUAUAUACUAUGUACUAUAUACUAUACUAUUCACUAUACAGGAAAUACACCAUUAUUAAACAUAAUAAUCUGAAUAUUAAAGCCCCAUUUUAAUCUGACUACAAAGUUUAUUUGAGUUUUAAACCAUCAACUAAGUUGUAUAUUUUGAUUCAUUAAAAGCUUGAAGGUCCUGAAAAUAAUGAAAUAUAUGAAUAAUGAAAGUUAUUAAAGUGACAUUAUAACUGUUAAGUUGCUGCAGUCUGUUCCAGCUCAGUGUAACUCUGUUGUUCUUGAUAUGACCUGUUAGAAAAACUAAUCAACUCUUCUUGUUUCUAUUAAUAUUAAACUGUUUGCAUGAUAGAAGCCAAAAUACUGCUGAUGUUCUCAUGAGAUAAAUCUUGGGAGCCACUUCCUGACCUUGUGGGAAACAACAUCACCUUUUGAAUUAUGACUUAAUAUUUACUCAUAGAAAAAGCUGUUGUAGAAGGCUUUCUUCAGUUAUUUUCUGUACUUUGCUGUGAGUGCUGUAAAACUGACUCUACUUGCAAAUAAACAAACGUUGAGACAA